GAAAAUAUUAACUCCGCACAAAAUGGCGAUUUCCUUGCGAACGAUUCGUGUUUCCUCCAAAUAUUUCAGACAUAUACUGCCAAGAGCAUCAACGACAGUUGGAGUUCGAACCGCAACCUCAUUCAGCUAUGUUCCAGACACACCGCCGCCAGAGCAUGGGGAGACAACUCGAAUGAACUUAUUCCAGUCUGUGACCAAUGCACUAGAUAUUGCACUCAGUAAAGAUCCGUCUGCUGUGGUAUUUGGGGAGGAUGUGGCAUUUGGUGGUGUGUUCCGAUGUACAGUUGGAUUGAAGGAUAAAUAUGGUAAGGAACGAGUGUUUAACAGCCCGCUGAGUGAACAGGGAAUCGUUGCCUUUGGGAUUGGCUUGGCAGCAGCUGGAUCUACAGCUAUAGCCGAGAUACAGUUUGCUGAUUACAUCUUCCCUGCUUUUGACCAGAUUCGAAAUGAGGCUGCCAUGUUCCGCUACCGGACAGGCAACCUGUUUGAUGUGGGUGGCUUGACCAUUCGAGCUCCAUGCGGCGCCGUCCGCCAUGGUGCGCUCUACCACUCACAGAUGCCAGAGGCAUUCUUUGCCCAUAUGCCAGGCAUUAAGGUUGUGAUCCCGAGGGGCCCAGUCCAGACCAAGGGGCUGCUGUUGAGCUGCAUCCAGGACCCCAACCCAUGUAUAUUCUUUGAGCCAAAGAUCCUGUACCGAGCAGCCAUCGAACAGGUGCCGACAGGAGACUACACCAUCCCACUUUCAGAGGCGGAGGUGGUGCUGGAGGGUUCUGACGUGACACUGAUUGGCUGGGGAACCCAGGUCCAUGUUCUGCGUGAAGUGGCCACAAUGGCGCAGGAGAAACUGAACGUCUCCUGUGAGCUGAUUGACCUGCGAACCAUCCUGCCAUGGGACAUUGACACAGUCUGUAAGUCGGUUGUCAAGACAGGCAAGGUCCUCAUCUCCCAUGAGGCACCAAUUACAAUGGGCUUCGCAUCGGAAAUUGCGGCAACCAUACAGAGUGAGUGCUUUCUGAACCUUGAGGCUCCCAUCCAGAGAAUCUGUGGAUAUGACACACCAUUUGCUUGUGUGUUCGAACCCUUCUACAUGCCGGACAAAUGGCGUUGUUUUGAGGCAGUCAAGAAGUUGCUUAGCUACUAGGCAAUUUAGUGUGGCAUUUAAACUCUUGCAGUGAUUAACUUCUUGUACAGAAAUACUCUUCAAAUUGUCUUGACUAUAAUCUCAAGUUGUGAAGAACAUAGUAUCUCAGGAUAUAGAAGUCUCGCGAGAGACAUGUGAUAUAUGUAAUUCCAUCAACUUGGGUGUCCACUUGAGGUACAAGCACUGCACCUCUAUCCACCCAGAGCAGGGACCAUGCACUACAGAUCUCACUGGUAAAGUCCAUCUUCAAAUGUGAUGGUUCAAUAAUAAUAAUAAUAAUAAUAAUAGUUCCUUCGUGAAGGAUGCUUUCCAACAGCUGCUUAUCUGUAUCUAGAACUAUGCGAGUGAGUUUGCACAUGCAAAAGGAAAGGAAAAUACAACACAAUUGCUUCAGAUUAUUCAGACUACUUGUGUAACCUAAGAAUUAGCUGAUAGGAGAAGAUAAUCAGAUCACAUGAUACGACAAGAUUCCGAAACAGAUGUCACCUACGGUAUGUAUCAGGUGAAAGCUCCCUGCUCCUUUUGUCGGGACUGAGAUGAAGUCAGGAUGACAUAGUCAGUGUUCCUGCAGACCAUAUGAAUAGACACAAGACAGCAAGCAGCAUGUCAUAUUCCUGUGUAUCGGUGCCGAGGAACACAAUGUCUGCACACUGAUGGACAGCAAAUAGUCUGGUUGAAGCAACACCUGAGAACGUCAGUGUGCAUCUGUGCACAUCAAUAUAUUCAAGUUAUUCACAAUUUUCAAAUCAUUUUUAGAAAUGAGGGCAGACCUGAGACUUUCAAGUGGAAAAGAUACCAAUUGUAAUGAGUCAUUAGCUGAGUGGUGUAGGGUGUGAACUGGGCCCUCUGGCUGUGUGGGUCCAGGGGGAGGUGGUUGUGCUGCAGUAUCGCGUGAAUGUCGUGUGAGUGAACGUAAACGGGACAGUAUUACAGGACACUGACCAUACAGACCUUGGGGUAGCAAUCUCAAUACAAUGAAAUCUCAGCCGUUCUCCUCAUCAGUACCCAUGGUCAGUGGUACUCCAGGACUAGGCCACUAGCAUCCAGGUUCCAAGAACUCUUGUCCUGACAUCUUGGUGCACAUAUUAUAGCAAGGUGAGAUUGUUUGGAAGAUGAUUUGUGUGAUUCUAGAACCACUUGGCCAACACAUGAACUUAAUCUGUGCAUAGAUUGUUAUUGUAUUUAUGAGAGAAAGUUUGUCAAUGUACAGAGGAGUCAUGUGUGGCCUGGGUGCAUGUCAAAUAAAUCAUGAAAUGAA